CUCGUGUACCUUAUCGCACCUAGUCCCUUUUUUCCUAUGAUAUGCGUUCCUAGUGGUGUGUAUGCGUAUUCGAGCCUCAUCCUCAUCAGCAACAGUAGAUCCAGCCCAGGACCGGGGAGCACCGUGGAUGGGCGCUCGAACGAUGUUUUCCAAGUUUAAAAGCGGUGGCUCAACACCAAACAUUCUUGAAUCAAACCCUAUAUUGAACCACUUUGAGGUAGGAAAGCAAUCCGCGACUGCCGGUCCAGAAAACGUUUGGAGGGUCCUCGAGGGAUAUCGUAAAAGCGAUGGAAAGGAAGUUUCAAUAUUUUUGUUUGAGAAACGUUCAGUGGAAAAAAUUACGAAACCAAAACGAAAAGAAACUAUUACGGAAACGCUACGCGCUGGAGUUCAAAACUUGGAACGAUUUCGUCAUCCAAAGAUUUUACAGGUGAUACAUACAGCAGAGCAGUGUCAGGAAACAUUAGCUUUUGCUUCGGAACCAGUUCUUGCAAGUUUAGCUAAUGUUUUGGCCUACGAGGAACAAAAAGCUUUAGCUGCUGCGCAAUCUAAUGCUUCGGCGGUAGGACAACAAACACAACAUCAACAUCAACAUCAACAUAAUCAACACAAUCGUCCAGUUUAUCUGAAAGAAUACGAAUUGUUAGACAUGGAAAUCAAGUACGGUCUUCUACAGAUAACAGAAGCUCUAUCUUUUCUUCAUUAUAGUCGGCAGGUCCUCCACAGGAAUGUUUGUCCAAGUAGUAUAAUGAUUACGAAAAAAGGAACGUGGAAAUUGUUUGGUUUUGAAUUUAUAGAGGGAGUAUUGAACGAAAAAGAUGCUUCAGAGCUAAUACCACUUCCUCAAUGGACCAACAGAAUCUCAAAAAUGGCUCAACCAAGUCUGGACUAUUUGGCACCGGAGGUGCAGCUGAGCAAGAGAGGAAGUAUACUCAGUGAUAUGUACAGUUUUGGAAUGGUCAUUUGUUCAAUCUUCAAUUAUGGUCGUCCACUGAUUCAAGCGAAUCACAAUUGCUCAGAUUAUGCUAGACAACUGGAUAUGCUGGAGGACCAAGUACACAAUAUUUUGCCAAGAGUACCAGUACCAUUACAGGAAGCUGUCUCAAGGCUUUUGAAUAAAGAACCAAGGCAACGACCAACGGCUCAACUUCUCACUCUUAUCAAAUAUUUCAGUGACCCAUCUGUAUAUGCCUUGCAAUUUUUGGACGUCAUUAAUAUGAAGGACCCUACACAGAAAGCCCAUUUCUAUAGAACUACACUCAAGGAAGCCCUUCCUUAUAUUCCACGAAAACUUUGGUACCAACACAUUUGGCCUUACUUACAAGAGGAGACGAGAUCACAGGAAGUUUUUGCUGCUGUUCUUCAACCCAUGCUUUACAUUAUUCAAAACAGUACCUCAGAGGAGUAUGAAAAAAUCAUUCUUCCCAGUUUCAGACCUCUUUUCAAUACUCCGAAGUCGACUCAAGGUUCAGUAAUUCUUCUGGAGAACUUGCAUAUCAUUUUGGAGAAAACUCCACUCGACGUAGUCAGAGACGAAGUUUUACCGAUGCUUUUCACCUCCUUCGACAGUCCAACAAUCCAAAUUGAGAGUGCAGCCUUUGUGGCAGUGGCAAAUGUGACACAUUUCCUGGACGAUCUGGUGAUACGAAGAACAGUUUUGCCAAAAAUAAAAAUAGCUUUUGAGAAAAACUCGACGGAUAUGAGGAUUCUGAUGAAAGCUUUGGCGAGUAUUCUUGAUCGACUUGAAAAACAACAAAUUAUUGACGAGGUAAUGCCACUUUUGUGGAAUGUGAAGCUGCAAGAACCUGAAAUUGUCGUUCGGGUAGUAAGUAUUUACAGGCUCAUGUUAAGCGACAAAAAAUAUGGUCUCUCUGUAAAUCUUAUGGCGACAAGAGUGAUGCCAUCGUUGCUGCCUCAAACAGUGAACCCUGCCCUGAAAUUAGAGAACUUCAAUAUGCUUUUGGAUGUUCUUCAGGAAAUGCUCAAUCAAAUAGAAAGAAACCAAAGGAACAAAUUACAGUUGGAUGCAGAUAUGCGACGACCUUUAAGACACCAGUGCAGUACAGACAACAUGCAUGUUCCACCUUUCAAUAUUCCUAAUCUUCGUAUUGAGCAGAGGAAGACAUCUUCAGCAGAAGACAUGGCCAGGAAAAAUUCAAUCGGUACCGGAAUGUUUGGAAGCUGGUGGUUCGGUUCAACAUCAUCCACGAAUGACAAUAACUUCCUGAGGGUGGCAAAUACCUUCACAUGCCGUCGUCUUUCCGACAAUACCCUGAUGACACCAAAAAUUCGCAUAGCACCAUCAUGUGCGAGUUCUCCAGGUGGUACCCCUGGUGGAGGAUUGCCAAUUCGACGACAUUCUAGUACUGGUCCUCAAGAACGACGAGGUUCGAACAUCAAUCUUUCACCACCCACGGGUGGAAUGCCGAUCACAAGUAGCAGCGUUCCUUACCUUCUGAGCUCGAGUAUGAACAGUAUUCGUGGGUCUCGGCGACCCUCAGUUUCAUCAAAUGCAUCACAGCAAGGAAUUCUCCAGCAAUCUAUUAGUGGCAUGGUAAGACAACUACCCCCCAUCUGCCUGAACCUGAAUGGACCACCACAACCAACACUCUCUCCAUCACUCCAGCCAUCGGGACAGCCUUCCCACUGACCCUUGGUUACAGUUACCAACUGUUCUCUGGACGGUCUUAAGCCCUCGGAUUUGGAGAGAAAU